AUGCCUAUUUUUAACCAGUCAAUACAAAGUAGACUAAACCUAAUUAUAAAUUCUGUUAGUCAUAGACUAGGACUCUGAAAUCUGAAAAUAGUCGGUUCAUAAAUCACACAAGUUUGAAGAAGAUAACUUGUGUAGGCUUCAUGAUAAUAUGUAAAAUAGUUACACAACUUAAAUCUCUGCUGUAAUUAGCCUAGGUCUAAUUUAUCAACUAAUUUCAAUUAUAAGGUUCUGGAUAUUUAUGUUGACUAGUUGUCUGUCAGGUCAGUUGACUUCUCCAAGGACUACCGGUAACACCUUAACACCUAGUGUGACUUGUUUUUAUCGUACCUAUAUAAUUAUGUUUCAAAAGUUCAUCACAGUAGGAACAGUUUUUUCUGUUUUAUUUGUUCUCAUUGCUGUGUAUUUCAACUCUUCUCCUGAAAAUGAAUUGAACUUACGGCUAAAGCAUGUUCUUCAAGGAUUGAUUGAUGUUGAAAGCAAAUUCACAAGUGAAACACCAAAAGUAGCAGUUGGCUAUGGAGCUUGCAAUGACUUGUUUGUUGAGGGUAAAAACUUCUUACAAUAUGACGAAUCUGUAUUGGCUGAAUAUCAUGAAGACAUAAACACGCUUGAAGAAUUAAAAAGAGUAUUCGCUUUCUUCUUUCGUCACGGUGCUGCAGCUGAACAGUAUGUGUCAAACUCAACGUUAUUUGAUGAACUUGUGGCCAUUGCGUCCCAAAUGGAGGGUUCUCGUUACUCUAUUGGAGGGAACGCUCCAUUAAUGGGUCACCGUAUGAGUAUAGAAGGAUGCGAAGUUCUACUGGCCGCUACCUUGACUCCUAGACUUAGGCUGAGUCUUCCCUCCACGCUGAAAGUGGUCGGAGGUGUUGCGGAAAGAGAUGAUAUUCACUUAAUAUUGGAGUACAAAGCGGGAGACUCCUGGGGGCCCUUCACAGCUCCGAGGGCUAACAGAUUCAUAAUCCACAAUGAUGACAACAACCCUGUCAUCAGUUCCUUGGAACAUUUUCAAGAAGCUCUAAAAACAUUUGAAGCAGAUCUACUCGUCAUCAGUGGUCUUCAGAUGAUGGACAACUACCCAUUUCAACAAGGUGAAAAGUUAAGGAGACUGUUGUUGGUGAAGCAGCAGAUGUUGUCGCAAACGUCUCAGACUAGAAUACACUUUGAGAUGGCCUCGUACACAGAGACGGAACUGCUGGAGAAACUGAUGGACUUGAUCAUUCCUCACUCUGAUUCUCUGGGAAUGAAUGAACAGGAGUUGGCUAACCUAGUAAACCUGUACCAGUUUGGAAAUGUCAGCAUUGUAUCGGAUUCAAACCCAAGGGUCGCAACAGUGUUGGACCAGAUGAGACAGUUACUCAGACUAGUACGCAGCUCCAGCAGUGGUAAGGCGGGACGUCGUGAGCUGACCCGUAUCCACGUCCACACACUGGCCUACCAGGCGAUCCUCACUACGGACUCCGGUCUCUGGCCUCACUCUGAUAUUGCGGCCGCCAAGGCCUCUCUAACGGCAUACAGACAUGUGUGUGCCACUCCACAGGUGGACCCGGACAAGGCGAAGCUGAUCAUGGACGACAGCUUCAGUGUGAGUCGGGUGUCCGGGUCCAGUGACCGGGUGGUGUUGGAACCGCAGAGACCCGUGUCUUGCUGGACUGAGGACGACCUUCAGCUCUGUGUGGCUCCUGUCCUCGUCUGCAAGGAGUCAGUUCAGACGGCAGGUGGAGGGGACAACAUUUCUGCCGCCGCUCUAGCCAUGCAACUGUGACUAUAGCAUGCAGCCUAAGAAACUCACAUUCUAAAGUUUAAGAUUUUGCAACUUGUUCUAACCACUCACUUAUAGGCUUUGGCAAACAAUAAGCAUUAUGUUUUGUAUAACAGGGAUUCAAGGAAUCAAACAUGAAUUUUGUGAUGAAUUUAUAGCAUUUUUACCUGAUUUGUAUUUAUGUUAUUGUUAUUGAAAAUGUAUAUUGUUUUAAUUUUCAUACAUGAUUUUAGGGUUUUUGAAAACUUGUAUACAUUUGAAAACUUAAAUGUUUAAAAUGUUUUUACGCUUUUACAAAAUUUGAUUGUUGAUUUUAUAAAUUUGCAUUUAUUAGCUAAGAGGUUGAGUGUUUUGUUUUUAUUUAUAAUACUAUUGAACCAGCUAAGGAACUUAAAUAGAAUUGUAUUUUGGCUGUCCUUUAUAGGUUCCCAAUCCCACCAAAUCACCAAUGGAUUUUAUCUAAGUGAUAAUGCCGCAACUCCUAGAUCUAGCCUGAAGUAAUGAGAAAAAUAUCCCAGGCUCAAGCCUAGCGUCCUGGGACCAAAAAUAAAUGGAUGUAUUUAAAAAAACAGGUUGUUUUUUUCGUCCCACUUUCACAUCCUAGGACGCUAGGUUCUAGCCUGGAACUGUUUUACACAUUACAUCAGGCUAGUCCUAGAGGGUUGCGGCAUUAUCAUAGAUAUAAAAAAAUCCUAACUAUUGGCUGGCUUUGGUCAUAAUCAAAUUAUCAUUUGAUUUUAUUUUUUGUAGUGGACUAAAGCUUAUUUUGAAAAAAAUAGACAAACAAAAAUUAAAAUAAAUAUAAAUAUACAUAAUAUAAAUUAAGAGGCUGUUUUGAAACUUAAUUGAUACCAUUUGUUGCCUAAUAUAGUUACAAUUUCAAAUUUGUUGAAUAUUUAAGACUAUCUAAUGCUCUAAUCUUCAAAUAAUAUAUCAGUAAAUGAAAUAUUUCCCAGAUUGCAAACAUUAUAAGUAACAAUUACCAAAGAUUAAUUCAGAAUUUCCUAUAAUAUACCAGUCCGUAUUUUAAUAUUAAAACUAAAAAGCUAUGUUUAUAUGGCCAUCCUAUGUGGCCUUAACUUUUACAGUGUUUUCAAAGCAUUUUUUGUUAUCAAGAAGAGCAAUUUUAAUUAAAAUUCACUGGUAUAGCUGUUUUUUGUUAAUAACUGAACAAAUUAAUAAAUAUUUAUUCAGGGUUGUUUGGACUGAUGAGGCAUACCAACGAUAAUUUGUUCAGAUUAAAAUAUCUGAACCUUAUAUAGGAAAAUUAUCUAGUCCAGGACUUAAGUUUUUUAAUGUUACAUUGUUAACCGGGUAUUUUUUGCUUAUCUUGUAGACAACUGUAAGUGAAGCUUUCAGUUGAAAAUUCUUAUUGAAUUAGUCAGAACCCUCGUAGGUAGGGCAAAGCUCCAGUCGCACUCCUUGGGGAAAGAAUAAGUGCAAUAUCAUAGCAUUGCAAGAGCUACAAAGAAUAGUUGAUAUGCUAAACUAAAAGAAUCAAUGAAUGCAUUUUGUAUUGUGCAUUUUUAACUUUUAUCAUCUUUUAGUCAUAUGGUCCAACGAAGUAUCCUAAUUAAAUAGCAGACUGACAUUCUAGUUCUAGAGAAAAUGUAGUUACAAAUGUUAAGUCAAUUUAUCGGUUGUGUAUGUGAAUUUAAUUCCAACCAAUCUAAAUGUUCAUAUUUGUUUUAUUUAAGAAAUAAAACAGUUAAUUUAUGA